AUGAGUGAUCUCCACGCCCAGGAGCUGAUUCGAUCGUGCCGGGGCCUCGCGGAAGCGGUAGCGCUGCAUUCCUCGCUGUGCGAUCGAGUGCAUCUCGGCGUCUAUCUCUCCAAUCUGCUGGUCCAGAUGUAUGGGAAAUGCGGUUGCCCCGAUCGCGCGAGGGCCGUCUUCGAUGGAAUCCGACCCAAGAAUCGCUUCUCCUGGUCCUUAAUGAUCACGGCGGAUCUGGAGGAAGCCCAAGAACUCUUUCAAAGGAUGCCCGACAAAGAUAUCGUGUCGUACGGUGCCAUGCUGGCGGCAUAUGCUGAAAAUGGCCAACUGGCGCGAGCCACCGAAAUUUUUAGAAUCGUGCCGUACAGGGACAUGCUGAUGUGGACGAGCAUGCUGACAGGGUAUGCCCAGGCUGGGCAAAUGGGCUUGGCGAAGAAUCUGUUUGGUGGCAUGCCCGAGUGGGACAUGGUGAGCUAUACGGCCUUGCUGUGUGGAUAUUCUCAGAACAAUGCCUCGGAAGACGCGUGGCAAGUAUUUACGGCAAUGCCGCGGAGGGAUCUAGUAACCUGGAACGCGAUGCUUGCAGCAUAUGCCCACAGCGGGAAUCUGCUGGAGUUUGAGAGAUGCUUUUGGAAGAUGCCCGAAUGGAGCAUGGCUUCUUGGAACACGAUGCUUGCCGCGUACUUCCAGGCCGGAGAUUUCCAGCGUGCGUCUCAAAUCUAUGACUCGAUGCCGCGACACGAUUUAAUCUCGUCGACUACGAUGCUUGAGGUGUUUACUCAGCUGGGGCUUCUGGAUUCAGCGAAGAAGCUCUUUGAGACGAUGGAGGAGCCUCCUGGACAGUAA